CAGUGGGUGGGAAAGGUUGGGACCCUGGGAGCACUCCAUGUGAGUACUCUCCCGUUUCUACCUCUCUGCUGACCUUAUACCAGCCUUGACCUCAUUUCCACUCAUCUGUUGGACAUGCCCAGUCAUGCUGAACCGGGUAGGAGGCGCCACACAGCAGAAAAAUGAGGCAGAAUGCUGGGGAUAGGCUACAAAAAUACACAUCCCGCUUUUGAGGGACAACACAGUAAAGGUUAGACCACGGCUCCAUCCCAAGUAUCUAGGUGCUUGGAAAUGUUCUACGGAGCUGGGUGGCUCUAGCCUGUGUCUCAAGGGGUAAUGGGCAAAUGGCAGCCUUGUGAACUGAGGGUCAGGCUAAGCAACCUCCUGGACACCAGCAACUCCCACCACUGUCUUUUUCCCUUUGACACUCCUGUCUGCACCACCCACCCCCGCCGCCGCUGGCAUAUUUAAUUGGCCUCUAGAGGAGAGAAAGCCUGGCUGGGAUUCAGGUCCCAGCUCCUAGCAGCCUCCCAGUAGGCUGAUUGUCAGAGAACCCCAAGUUUGUACUAGGGCGUUCUAGUCUCGACUGCCCCCUACCCCCAUGCAGCACGUUCCCUGCUUGGGUUGGCUGCUGGUCUGAGCAACCCUUUCUAAGGUGUGAAGCCCGUGGGCACCUGGCCAAGGCUGUAGAGAAGCCUGCAGCUCGGUUUCAAGAACAUAGGGAAGGAGGGGAGCAUGCAGCAGCCCAGUGGACCCUCAGACCCUGGUCCCCAGGGAUCCAAAAGGACAGCCCCAGGGCUGGAGGGGGGUUGUGUGAGGCCUUGAAUAGUGAGUGGGGUCAGUGUCCAAGCACGGACAGGCAGAGCCCGGGGGAGCGGCCUCGAAUCUCUGUAAUCCCCACCAACCCAUCCAGCACCCCAGGGCCGACCACGUCUCUAGAUGCCAAGAGUCGACUAGGACCUUAGUCCCGCCCCGCUCCAGGAAACCAACAGAGCACAAUACCGGCGCCACUUCCGCCCAGGAAACUGGUUAGCGCCCGCAGUGCGUGAUGACGCACAUCCUUCCCAUGACGAACCCGGCUCAGGCGGCUUCCGACAGGUGGCUCUGGAGGCCUCAACCCUUUGCGAUUGGUAGUUAGUCCCGGAGUAUUAUGGGAAUCGAGGCCCUUUGGCCCCGCCUCUUCCCCUUUCGUCAAUUCCGGGUAGAUUUCCGUGUCCGCUCCGGUCUUCCGUGAUAGCGCAUACGUAAAGUUACACCUCCCGGCAGGCAUUAGGCGUUGGCCCAUUGCCUUCUGGGAGUUGUAGUUCCUUGGGCGUUAAAGUCGCGACAUUCAGCCCGCCGGAGACUCGGUUUCCCAGAAAGCCCAGCAAGAGUGGGAGGGAACCACGGCCUGAACCCCGCGGAACCGGCGGUACUGUGCGGGAAAAGCCGCUGGGUUUUGCGGCGUGCACGGAAACGGGAACAGUGAGCGCCCGUAUUCUUAGGACCUCUCAACUACGAGUUCCCUGACAGCCCUCCCUCCGGACCCGAGUGGCGCCUGCGGUAGCGCCUGAAGCUCCACAUCUGUGCGCGCGAGGACGCACUUUAGCCACCCAGCUUCGCGAGGCCUCCGCCCGCCUGCGUGACCAGCCAGCGCCGGGCUGUGAGCAGAGGCGCCCGGCACAUAGUGGAGGUGGAGAAGGGUUCCAGGUCGGCAUGGCGGAGGCGGAGGCUGGCUUGGAGGCUGAGGUACCCACCGAGGAUGACACCCUGCCUUCUGACACCGUCUGCCUCAGCGAUUCGGACUCGGACCUCAGCUUACCUAGUGGUGCGGAGGUGCCAGUGUUGUCCCCGGAGAGGCUUUCAGGGGAAGCUCAGGAGGACUCCGGCCCUGAUGACCCACCUUCGCCCCCCACUGGCGUCUCCACCCCCGCAGCCCAGCCGUUCCUCCUCCGAGGCAUGAGCUCCACCUUCUCUCAGCGCAGCCACAGCAUCUUUGACUGUCUGGAGAGUGCAGCCCGGCAGGUACCGCCCUCUGCGCCCCAAACCAGUGUGACCGACAAUGGCAGCUUCAAAAGGCCCGUGGCUCCCCCAAGUCAGACUCCAUCGAGGAACCUGAGCAGAGUGCAUGAGAGCACCGGCCCAACCAGGGUCCCUCCUGUGCCCGAUUAUGUGUCCCAUCCUGAGCGUUGGACCAAGUACAGUCUGGAAGAUGUGGCCGAAGGCAGCGAGCAGAGCAACCGUGCCGCUGCUCUGGCCUUCCUGGGCUCUCGAAGCCAGGCAUCCCCCACAGACUGUGUACCCUCCUUCAAUCAGGACCCCUCUAGCUGUGGGGAAGGGAGAGUGGUCUUUACCAAGCCAGUCCGAGGUAGUGAGGCCAGGGCUGAGAGGAAGAGGGUCCUCAAGAAGGGGAAUGUGUCAAGUACUGGGAGUGAGGCCUCUGUGGAGCUGGCUCAUCUGGCCGGGCCCGAGGCUGAGGAGUGGAGUGGCCACCAGGGACUGCAGGAGGUAGUGAUACCUUCAGUAGCUGACCAUCCUGGGUCCCCAUCAGACCCAGCAGGGGUGGAGGUUGUUGGUUUCCAUGGUAGCAAGAAGCGGAGCCGAGAACACUUCCGGAACAGGGACAGUAACCCCGAGGGGCCAGGGUCUGAGAGGGGCCCCUCAGUUUGACUGUGGUGCUGUCACCCCACCUCCUCACCCCCCCCCCACCUCCUCACCUGCCUAGGUGGGAAGCUGUGGGCUGUUUGUAGGAGGGGUGUGUGUGCAGCAGCUCUGGCUGGGACUGUGGGAAUUGUGGGACCUUGGAGGCCCUUGUGCCCCAGUGUCUUGGGGUGAACAAUAAAGGUUUGGGGUAUUUCUUGGA